GUGAUUGCAGUCCCAGGGGAGGGAGUCAGAGCUAGAACACCAAUUACAAACCACAGGCUUCCUCCUCUAAGGAGUUGAUCCAGAAUUGUCUUUCUGGAAGGGAAGCACUCGAAUCCUUCCGAACUUUCCAAGUCCAUCCAUGAUUCAGAGAUAUUGCCUUCUCCCUUUGGGAUUUUCUGUGUUCCUGGUAGUGAAUUGUUGCUGAUGUAUUUGCUACUUUGCUUCUUUUCUCUUUCAAGAUUUGAUCAUUUUAUAUGCUGAUCGGGGAGAAAAAGAACUUUUGUUAGAAAGGAAAUUUCAGAAAUGAUUCUGGAUCCUCUAUAAGUGUUUUUAGAGUUCUUGGGGACAGUAGCUCUAACCUUGGAGUAAGUUUCUGCCUUUGACCUGCAUGGAUUAUUUUUUCAGGCUGCGGAAUUUCUCGGCACCUACCUGCAGUGUGGGGCACUUGGUUUGGUUGCAGAGUAAGAAGGUGGAAGAAUGAGCUGUACUUGGUUAAGCAGUUCAAACCUUUUUUGAGCAGGAUCUAUAAAAGCAUAAUUGAAUUUGUUUCACCCCCGUGGAUUCCAGUGGGCCUGGCAGCGCAACAGGUUUGCAGAUUUCUUUUGAAAUUCUUUUUUUUUUUUUCUCCCUCUGCCUCAGCAAAAGAAAAGAAUCUAUAUAACAGGUUCAUGUUCAAUUGCUUGGCUUUUCAGCACUUAUUCUGAAGACUUUAUAUGAUUUUUUAACUAGACCUCUGAACACAGCAGGCUUUGUGGUUGAAGUGCAUUUAUAUUUACUUAAGGGUGCACAUUGUAAAAUCUUAGAAUAAGAUUUUGUUCGUACAAAGACUCAAAUUCUCAAGUGUGCCUAGAAAUAGCACAGAUCUACUGUACUCAGGCUUAUUUUUACUUUUUCAGGGUGUUCUGCUUAGAGCCUGUAGACUAAUCACCUCUCUACUCCCCUAUCUUUUAUUCCCCACCCCCUCAAGGAAUUUGAAAACGUGUUAGGAAUAGUCCUUUGUUUUACUUAUGAACCUAGAAAAUUACAGAUUGUAAGAGCUGGAUAAUAAAGUAGUUUCCAAAAGCAUCUCAUGGGAAAUCAAAGUGCUUGACAUUCUCAUGCAGGAGAAUAAAAGCUGGAAUCCCUAAGAGUGAAAGGAAAAUAAAGACAGAAAUAUGCAUUUUAACUGAGAAAAAUAAUUGGAAAACUGCCCUUUUCAAAUAUUCUUCUAAUUUUGAAAGUUGGAAAAGGUUGUGAUGCUCAGGAUUAUCUUGUAAUGUGUGAAAAUAUAUAAAUUAACACCUAAUUUAUAGGCAAAUUUAGAUAGGACAUUAAGAAAAUUAUAGUAUAUUUAAGUUCAUGGAAAGUGUUAUAAAUUCAAUGGGCCUAGAACUUUGGCUCCACCAAAAUACAGUUUAAUGUGGAAUAUUUUAUGAGUACAUGUUGUAGCAUCUUUGGAUAUCUCUCAAGGGUAGCCUGAAAUAUUGUUCCCUCUUCUUCCCUGUUAAAAAAAAAUUCUCCUGUGAUUUGACAAAUUUUGUGACUUAAAAAGGACCAUCUCUUCAUUUUCUGAGCUGGGGUUUUGCACUCUCACCUUCGAUGCAUGGCCUUGGUGGUCUACUUUGCCUUAUUUUGUUCAUUAACAUUGGGUUCAGUGGCUCGGCAACUUGAUGCAUAUGGAAGACCAGCACCAAGUGAUCUGACAUAAUAAAAAUUCAGGAUGUGACAUUCAACCUCAAGCAAAGUUGGAAAUUCCAUAGAGAAGUGGUGAUAUCUGUGCUAAUCAUAGUGAAGAUGGGAGAAAAUGACAUACCUGCAGCAGAAGUGGGCUGAAAACACCCUCUUCCCUGCCAGAUCAGGAAUGCCACCUGUUCUUGGAAAUAUGCUUUAGAGAAAGGAAGGGCCAAAACUACAACUUGGCUUUCUGAAACUGAAGCAUAAAUUCUGUUUUCCUCCAUUUGUCUGGAUCUGAGAACCUGCAUUUGGUAUUAGCUAGUGAAGCAGUAUGUAUGGCCGAAGUGCAUUGCUGCAGCUGGUAGCAUGAGUGUUGGCCACCAGCUGCAGCUGGCUGCCCUCUGGCCCUGGCUGCUGAUGGCUACCCUGCAGGCAGGCUUUGGACGCACAGGACUGGUACUGGCAGCAGCGGUGGAGUCUGAAAGAUCAGCAGAGCAGAAAGCUAUCAUCAGAGUGAUCCCCUUGAAAAUGGACCCCACAGGAAAACUGAAUCUCACUUUGGAAGGUGUGUUUGCUGGUGUUGCUGAAAUAACUCCAGCAGAAGGAAAACUAAUGCAGUCCCACCCCCUGUACCUGUGUAACGCCAGUGAUGACGACAAUCUGGAGCCUGGAUUCAUCAGCAUUGUCAAGCUGGAGAGUCCCCAGCGGGCCCCCCGCCCGUGCCUGUCACUGGCCAGCAAGGCCCGGAUGGCAGGUGAACGAGGAGCCAGCGCUGUCCUCUUUGACAUCACUGAGGAUCGAGCGGCUGCUGAGCAGGUACCCAGAGACACUAGGGUGUUUGAGGAGGGGGCUGGACAGAGGAGGAUGAAGUUACCAGGGGAGGGAGGAGUGAGGACACAGCAGCCCUUGUGGGCACUUUUCCUCCUGCAGCUGCAGCAGCCCCUGGGGCUGACUUGGCCAGUGGUGUUGAUCUGGGGCAACGAUGCUGAGAAGCUGAUGGAGUUUGUGUACAAGAACCGAAAGGCCCAUGUGAGGAUUGAGCUGAAGGAGCCCCCAACCUGGCCAGAUUAUGAUGUAUGGAUCCUCCUGACAGUGGUGGGCACCAUCUUUGUGGUCAUCCUGGCUUCAGUGCUCCGCAUCCGGUGCCGCCCCCGCCAUAGCAGGCCGGAUCCCCUUCAGCAGCGAACAGCCUGGGCCAUCAGCCAGCUGGCCACCAGGAGGUACCGAGCCAGCUGCAGGAGGGUCCGGGCUGAGUGGCCAGACUCAGGUAGCAGCUGCAGCUCAGCCCCUGUGUGUGCCAUCUGCCUGGAGGAGUUCUCUGAGGGCCAGGAGCUCCGAGUCAUUUCCUGCCUCCAUGAGUUCCAUCAAGCCUGUGUGGACCCCUGGCUCUAUCAGCAUCGGACUUGCCCCCUCUGCAUGUUCAACAUCGUAGAGGGAGAGUCGUUUUCCCAGUCCCUGGGACCCUCUCGAUCUUACCAGGAACCAGGCCGGAGACUCCACCUUAUUCGCCAGCAUCCUGGCCAUGCCCACUACCACCCCCCUGCUGCCUACCUGUUGGGCCCUUCCCGGAGUGCAGCGGCUCGGCCCCCACGACCCGGUCCCUUCCUACCAUCCCAGGAGCCAGGCAUGGGCCUGCGGCACCAUGGCCUCCCGAGAGCUGCACAUGCCCGGGCUCCAGGUGAGCAGCAGCGCCUGGCAGUGGCCCAGCACCCGUAUGCGCAGGGCUGGGGGCUGAGCCGCCUGCGAUGCACCUCACAGCACCCCACCGCUUGCCCAGCACCCCCGCGCCGGGCCAGGCCUCACGACAGCAGCGGGUCUGGAGAGAGCUACUGCACAGAACGCAGCGGCUACCUGGCAGAUGGGCCAGCCAGUGACUCCAGUUCAGGGCCCUGUCAUGGCUCUUCAAGUGACUCAGUGGUCAACUGCACGGACAUCAGCCUGCAGGGCAUCCACGGCAGCAGUUCUACCUUCCGCAGCUCCCUGAGCAGUGACUUUGACCCCUUGGUAUACUGCAGCCCUGAAGGAGAGUCCCGGGUGGAGGAGACUCAGCCUAGUGUGACCUCUAGGCCUCGUUCUUUGGACUCGGUGGUGCCCACAGGGGAAACCCAGGUUUCCAGCCACAUUCACUACCACCGCCACCGACACCAUCACUACAAAAAGCGCUUCCACUGGCGUGGCAGGAAGCCUGGCCCAGAAACCGGGGUACCCCAGUCUAGGUCUGCCGUUCCUCGGACACAGCCCCAGCCAGAGCCGCCUUCUUCUGCUCAGCAAGCUGCCAGAUCCAACCCAGCAGCACCUUCAGGGCAGCUCCCCAACUCACAAUGGCCCAGAGCUGUCACAGAGUCACCCCCGGGCCCAGCUGACGUCUCCAGUCCCAGCAGCCUCUUGCACUUGCAGAAAUCCAGCCUCCCUGUCCGACACCCACAGAGGAGACGACGAGGGGGUCCCUCAGAGCCCACCCAAGCCUCUCGGCCCCAGGAUUUGACUGCACACCCAGCUUGCCAGAUUCUUCCCCAUUAUGGCCCCGAUCUGGCAUGCCCUUGGUCCCCAGAGGCCCACCCAUUGAUCUUCGGACCUCCAGGCCUGGACAGGAGGCUGCUACCAGAACCCCCAGGCCCCUGUUACCCAAGUUCACAGUCAGUGUGGUUGUGUCUGACUCCACGCCGGCCCCUGGGACCACACCCACCUGGGGAGGGGCCUUCUGAAUGGAGUUCUGGCACCCCAGAGGGCAGACCAUGCCCUUACCCACACUGCCAGGUGCUGCCAGCCCAGCCUGGCUCAGAGGAGGAGCUUGAGGAGCUGUGUGAACAGGCCGUGUGAGAUGUUCAGGCCUGGCUCCAACCAAGAGUGUGCUCCGGAUGACUCAGCCCUACCUGGCACAGAGUCCUGCUCCUGAGAGAAGAAAGGACCUCAGAAAGCACCCCUCUCUUUGCUGUACUUCCUGGAACCACUGGAAGAGGAGCGGUGAUGGUGGGUGGCAGGAGGUAUUGUUUCCUGCUCCCAGCUCCCGUUCUUGUCGGCAGAAAACAUUUGCAGGGCAGCAAGUCUGUCCAGCCAGGCAACCAGCUGCUGCCUGUGUGGACUGGCUCCCUUGAAGGCUGUUUUUUGAGAGCAGAAAGCUAGGUAUGGGUAGAUAGGUGUUAAUAAAGGUGCUGCUCCUUCCCUCAGCCCCUGCAGGUUGCCCUCAUCCCAAGCCUCAUGUUCAUACCAGCCAGUGGGUCUAGAUGAAUGCAUGACCCCUUCUCACCUCCUUCUUUGGGUGAGUCCCGCACACCAGCUUUGGCUCCUUCCGGGUAAGGCUGCUGCAUCAGCAGCAAUCCUGGCUCUUACCAUUUUCCUUCUUUGCAAAAGGAUCAGGAACAUAGGUGAGCCCUGAGCCCUAAAAAGCAGGGCUCUGCAGCUUCUCUAGGCAAUAACUGCCCUGGUGCAUAAGGGAGGAUGUUUUCCCCUUCUCGUCCUUAAUUGUCAGAAUCACUAUAUUAGGUCAGAGGGGAAGCUUUGGGAAGCCAGGGGGUGGAGUUCUGUCCCCGAGGUGGUACAGUACCUUGAGGAACCUGAGACGAAGCCUCUGAUUUUCAAACUCCCUUGUCACUCCAGGAGCCCUAGUUCCUCAGGGAGCUAGGAGUGGGGGUAUGGGGAGGGAAUAACUCUUCCUUGGAGAUCUCCUAUCUCAAAGUCUCAAAGUAGGUGGGAAGAAGAAGAUUUCUGCUGGACUUCAUCUAGGAUGAGGGAGGAUGGAAUGAAAGUGGAAAAGGCAGAAUUAGAGCUGAACAAGGACAACAGGGAAUUCGUCUCUGAGAGUUUUCUCUCAAAGCAGAGAUGGGAAACAGGGGAGAACAAAGGAAAAGCAAAGUGGGGCCCUUGGGUUGAGAUGGCCCGGAGGUCUAGCUUCCUAAUAUAAGCCAUACAGGCCAGGGACACACAGGAAGGUGUGCAUGCGAGAGUGGAGAUGGAGCAGGAGGUCUGGCCUGGGCAGCUGGUACUGAGUAGGCAAGGGCUGAGGGGUUUCCUUAGGGUGACAUUCACCCCAGGGCAGCUGGACCAUUGCUGGCCCCUCUAGGAUUAUCCCAUUUGGAAUGUGAAUGUGGGAGCAAAGUGGGCACAGGACCCUGCCUGGGAAUCUUCUUCCCUCAAAGUAAGUGGGGAACUAGCACCUAGGCACCCACAUUGGUAUUUAUAUCUGAACCAGACAGAAAGACGCUUGAAUCAGGCACUAUGUCGAGAAAUGUAUUUAUUUGCUAAUAUAUUUAUCCACAAAUG